UGAAAAGGAUUCUCUUCCGGUGGUUGAUAGCCGGGUAUGUAACCUCGGGCCGGCAGCUAUUAAAACGCGGAGUAUUACUUUACCCUUUUCGUCUUUUUUAUUUUCCCUUGCAGAUUUCUUUCAAUUUCUUCCAAAUUUAUCUAAUCUCGAGCUAGAUUCCUUACCGAUUCUUUCUUUCGAUCAUCAAUUAGAUCACGUUUUCGCUCAAGUUCUAUCAUCCUCUCCCGAUUGUUUCUAAUUUCAGCUAUUAACCUUCCGUAAUUCUGAUUCUAGGGUUAGGGUUUCCAAAAUUUCAGAUCUCACUCUGUUCGCCGCCGAUCUGCCAUCCUUUGGCGGUCGAUCGAACUAUCGCUGUCGUUUUUUUUGGUUCCCUUUUCUUACUUUUGUCGUCCGAUCGGCUCUAAUUUUUUAGAUUAUUUCGAUCUUGAAUUUUGAGGGUUUCGCGUUCUCGAAUUCGUGCAUGGGGUUUUGAUUAUCAGAUCUUAGGGGAGAUAGGUAUAUUCUUCGGUGAAUUAUUGUAUUCUCUUUUAGAUCGGGCGUAAUUUUGUGGAUUUCUUUGGUGUUCUUUAGUAUCUAGGGUUAGGGUUUCGGAGAAAUCAUUCCAUUCGUUUCCUCGUGAAUCGGUUUACGAGAUCGUACAUUCCCUUCGAGAAAUCACGUUCGCUUUUCGUGAUUCCUUCUCAAACAUCUUCUUGUCCGUGAGAAUUUGGGAUAUAGUGUGGUAUCUUUGAUAUUCUUUUGGUUUUCUUUGUUCGCCUGUCUGAAGCUUUUUAAUCGGACUAUAUUUUUUUUUUGCAGUUCAACAUGGUUUAUAAACGACCAUUUGGUGAUGAGGAGUCCUAUGAAUUUGCUUUUAAGCAUCCAAGGCGAUUGGAUUACAGUAACCAACUGCCCUCGUUUGUUGAAACUAUUCCCUGGAAUGAUAUCCCUCAGAAGCCUCAAGCUUCAGUUGGUGAAGGUGAAGCUGACGCUGAAUUCAGUAAAGCUCAAGGUUAUGAGACGCUUGUAAACAGAACCAUUACUGAACUGUGUGCUGGGGCUAAUAAGGAGGUUGAGACAACUGCUCCUCUCAGCAUCUUUACUUCGUCAUGGGUAACCAGCAGUACAAGUGAAGAAAAUUACAGGUCAGAGACUGCAGCUAGGGUAUCUUUCUCCCCUGAUUUCUCCAAACCCGACUAUGCUGCAAGGGUGGUGUUUCAGUCUGAUGAGAUUUAUUCAUCGCUUUUGGAUUAUCCACCUCGAAAACCAGUUCCUGUUGGACCUGAUCAUCAAGCAAAUGUUCCUGCAUGGGGCAUUUGGGGUGUCAAGAAAGCUUCUAGUUAUUUAGCAAAGCCUGAUCCAAUUUCCUCGAAACAGUCUUCAUGUUCAGACAUAUUGAUUGAUGAUGACAAGGGGGAGAAGCUGAUGGGCACUUGUAUCAUUCCCAUGCAUGACUCGGAACCAUCUUACAGUGGUAAUGAAUUUGGAAGUGGUAGAGGGGACUGCACCUGCCCAGAUGGAGGUUCCAUCAGGUGUGUGAGACAGCAUGUCAAGGAAGCAAGGGAAAGGCUUAAAGGAACUCUGGGUUGGGAGAAAUUUGUUGAGUUGGGAUUCUGUGACAUGGGAGAAGAGGUAGCACAGAGAUGGAGUGAAGAGGAAGAGCGGGUUUUCCACCAGGUUGUUUUCUCCAAUCCUGCAUCUUUGUGCAAGAACUUCUGGGACCAUCUCUCAGUUGUCUUCCCUUCUCGGAUGAGAAAGGACCUUGUCAGCUACUAUUUCAAUGUCUUUAUGCUACGGAAGCGAGCCGAGCAGAACAGAACCAUCCCACUGAACGUUGACAGUGACAAUGAUGAGUGGCAGGAAACUGAUGAUGGUGAGGAAUUUGGAACAACAGAGGAUUAUGAGGACUCUGCAGUGGAGUCACUAGUUGAUCAAGAGGUUCCUGGAUAUAAUCAGGACCACCAUGAAGAGUAUUUUAAUGAUGAGGAUGAUGAGGAGGAUGGAGAAGAGAUCUAUGAUAAUGACGAUGAUUAUAAUGUGGAGGGUGAUGAGGGUGCUGCUAGUGAAGAGGAUGAGGGAGACGUGGAGAAUGUUUCAGAAGCAUGUAUUGAGAAAUUGCCUGAUGGUUGCAGCAGCUUCAAUCCUUCAUUUAAGCUUGGAGUAGUAACACACCCACAGGAUGGUGGGGAAGAUCAUGAUGUCCAAGAUGACUCGUGUACAUCCUAUGAGUGUCAACACAGUGGGGCUGAUUCCUGCGGUCCAGUUGAUGCAGGGGUUAUAAUGCAAGAGAGUCGAGCGGAGAGCGAUAGUAACAAGAAGGGCUCCCAAAGCACCUAUGGUGGUUUAAGUGGUGGAGCCGAACAUGGAUAUUGUUUGGAGUCAUGUGAUGCUAAAGUUUGGGACAUUGGAUAUCUCACCGGUACAAAGAAUGAUGUUGACUUCUUGCCAACAUGCAGUAUGAUUGAAGAGGUGUUUGGGGAGGAAGCAUGGAAUAACAAGGGCAAAGAUUGCAAGAGCAUAAUCAGCUAGUUUAUAGCUUUGAGAGUGCCUUGUCCUUCCUUGCAUUCAAGGUAGGC